GUACGUCAACACGGAGCCAGAGAACACACCGCUAAUAGCAGAGUGGGAAACGAACUUGAACGUGUUUCAAAAGAUGCUUGUGAUACGUAGCUGUCGUCCUGACAGGAUUUCCUUCUGUAUCGCCAACUUCAUCGUGUUGAAUCUCGGUCAAAGGUUUGUCGAGCCACCGGUACUCGACCUAAAGGCAGUGCUCGAUGAUUCCGUGGCACAGACUCCUCUGAUAUUCGUCCUCUCGCCCGGCGUGGAUCCUACCAGCGCCCUGAUGCAAUUAGUCGACAGCCAGGAAAUGACUAACCACUUUAUGACCCUGUCUCUGGGUCAAGGACAAGCGCCCAUUGCCACUAGAAUGAUCGAGGUAGGUGCGACAGAAGGUGCUUGGGUGUUCCUCGCGAAUUGCCACUUGUCGCUCAGUUGGAUGCCGAAAUUGGACAAGAUCGUGGAAACGUUGGCGGCCAGUAAAACCGUACACCCGCAAUUCAGAUUGUGGCUUAGCUCGAGCCCGACUGCCCAGUUUCCCAUAUCGAUCCUGCAGGCGGGUAUAAAGAUGACCACCGAACCGCCGAAAGGUUUGAAGGCAAACAUGAAACGGCUUUACAGCUUGAUAACCGAGACCCAGUUCGAACUGUGCCAAGCAAAGUCCAAAUACAAGAAGCUGCUGUUCGCCCUCGUGUUCUUCCACGCGAUUCUCCUCGAGCGUAAAAAGUUCCAGCAAUUGGGCUGGAACGUCAUCUACAGCUUCAACGACUCGGACUUU